GCUCUACGAGGGGAAGGAGACGGCCGAGUUCCAGCGCUCGCUGCAGCGGUUCUUCCUCUCCCUGAACCAGCUGAUGAAGUCCCCGCUGGAGGGUCCCACGCUGCUCUCCCAGGGAGCAGCCCUGAAGUACCUGCCUUCCAUCCUCGAGGACGUGUUUGGGAUCUUUGACUUCUCUGUGCUGGGGGCCUUGCUGCGGGACUUCAUUGGGAACCUGCCACCCCAGCGCCUGCUGAAGCAGAAGCUGCAGUCCCUGACCGACAUCGUCAACAGCAAGAUCUUCCAGUCCUACGAGUGCCGGGAGCUGCUGCUGCAGACGACGGUGCCCAUCCUGCAGGAGCUGAUCGAGAAGGGGGAGGAGGAAGAUGCCUGCAUUGAGCUGCUCAGCAACAUCCUGGAGGUGCUGUACAAGGCCCAGAAGAGAGCGGAGGAGCUGCGAGCGCAGCACGGCGCAGGCGAGGGACGGCACAAGGACCGUGGGGACGCGGAGCUGGUGAAGGUGAAGAAGCACAUCCAGCUGAUCCUGGAGCGGCUGCUGCACACUGUCAAUCAGAGGGUGAUCGUCCUGGACCGGGAGAACACCCUGCGGAGUCACUAUGUGGCCUGCAUGGCUGCCAUCCUGAGCCAGAUGGACAAGGACCACUACAGCUCCUACAUCAAGGCGUUCCCCUCCCGGCCCGAGCUGAUGGACUUCCUCAUGGAGACCUUCAUCCUCUUCAAGGACCUGAUUGGCAAGACGGUGUACCCCUCUGACUGGAUGGUGAUGAACAUGGUUCAGAACCGGGAGUUCCUGCGCGCCAUCAACCAUUUUGCCACAACGUUGACAGAGAUGUUCCUGAGCAACAGCAGCUUCGAGCUGCAGCUUUGGAACAACUAUUUCCACCUGGCCGUGGCUUUCCUCACUCAGGACUCCCUGCAGCUGGAGAACUUCUCCCAGGCCAAGCGCAACAGCAUCCUGGCCAAGUACGGGGACAUGAGAGCCACGAUUGGAGCUUCCAUUCGGGACAUGUGGUACAACCUAGGCCAUCACAAGAUCGAGUUCAUCCCGGGUAUGGUGGGCCCCAUCCUGGAGAUGACACUCGUGCCGGAGCUGGAGCUGCGCAAGUCCACCAUCCCCAUCUUCUUCGACAUGAUGCUCUGCGAGUACCAGUUGACCGAGAGCUUCAGCCGGUUUGAGGAUGAGAUCCUGCGCAAGCUGGAUAGCGAGGUGGAGGGCGGCCGGGGAGAUGAGCAGUACAAGCAGCUUUUUGAGAGCAUCCUGCUUAGCUGCUGCCGGAGACACCCAGAGCUGGCCAAGCUCGGGGAGAACUUCGUCGCGCUGGUGACUGGGCUCCUGGAGCGGCUCCUCGACUACCGGGCUGUUAUGAAUGAUGAGAACAAAACCUACAGCAUGAGCUGCACCGUCAACCUCCUGAACUUCUACAAGGAGAUCGACCGCCAGGCCAUGUACAUCAGGUACCUGUACAAGCUGAAGGACUUGCAUGUCAGCUAUGAGAACUACACGGAGGGAGCCUACACCCUGCUGCUGCACGCCCGGCUCCUCAAGUGGUCGGACGAGGCGAACACAGCCCCCAUGCAGGGCUUGCACAGCCCCAGCCUGCACACCCAGCGCCAGCUGAAGGAGGCUCUCUACAACCAGAUCAUCGACUACUUCGACCAGGGCAAGAUGUGGGAGGAAGCCAUCCACAUCUGCAAGGAGCUGGCAGAGCAGUACGAGAGCGAAGUCUUCGACUAUGAAAUGCUGAGUGACAUCCUGCAGCGGGAAGCCAAGUUCUACGAGAAGAUCCUGAAGGUGCUGCGGCCCAGCCCGGACUACUUCGCUGUGGGCUACUAUGGGCAAGGCUUCCCCACCUUCCUCCGGAACAAGGUCUUCAUUUACCGGGGCAAGGAGUACGAGCGCCGGGAGGACUUUGAGAUGCGGCUGCUGAGCCCCUUCCCCAACGCCGAGAAGCUGAAGAGCACGUCUCCACCCAGCCAGGACAUCACCGGCUCGCCGGGCCAGUAUAUCCAGUGUUUCACCGUGCAGCCGGUGGAGGAAGCCAAGGUCCGGUUCAAGGACCGGAGCAUUCCGGAGCAGAUCACCAAUUUCUAUAAAGCCAACCACGUCCAGAAGUUCAGCUACUCGCGACCCUUCAAGAAAGGCCCAAAAGAUCCAGACAAUGAAUUUGCAACCAUGUGGAUCGAGCGGACGACCUUCGUGACAGCCUACCCCCUGCCUGGCAUCCUGCGCUGGUUCGUGGUGACCUCCACCACCACGACCAUCAUCUCCCCCCUGGAAAACGCCAUUGAGACCAUGAUGAAAACGAAUGAGAAAAUUAUGAGCGAGAUCAACCGGCACCAGAAUGACCCCAGCCUGCCUGUCAACCCGCUCUCCAUGCUGCUCAAUGGCAUCGUGGACCCUGCUGUGAUGGGUGGCUUCGCCAAGUAUGAGACGGCCUUUUUCCAGGAGUCCUACCUGCAGGAGCACCCUGAGGACGAGGGGAACAUCGAGAAGCUGAAGGACCUGAUCGCCUGGCAGACCCCGCUGCUGGCAGAGGGGAUCCGGAUCCACGGGCGGAAGGUGACGGAGGACCUGCGGCCCUUCCACGAGCGCAUGGAGCAGUGCUUCGUGCAGCUGCGGGCCAAGGUGGAGAGCCAGUAUGGGGUGCGGGAGAUGGUCUGCUUCGAGGACCGGCGGAGUGGACGACCCCGAUCCAUGGUCUGGGGACCCGACUGGGACCGGCUGAGCCAUGCUGGAGACAGCACGGAGACACCCCCGACCCCAAAGCCUGCCCCUCGCACCUCCGAGAGCGAGGACCGCAGGAACGAGCGCAAGGAGAACCGCUCCAGCACCUUCUUCGGGUACCGGCGGCAGGACCUGCGCCAGUCCAUCUCAGAGCUGCCAGAGCCCAAGGACGAGAAGCGGAGACUCUCCUGGCACAUGAGCGAGAGCAGCCUGGGCAGCUCUGACAGGAAACAGCCCCCGCCAAGCCGAGACACCGCUGGUGCUCAGCCCAGCACUGCAGGGCUGUCCCUGUCUCCCACCGGCUUCGGCGGCCGCGUGAAGAGUGCCAGCAAGGUCCCGCCGCUGCCCCGCAAGAUCAGCCCCACGGUGUACGAGACAUUCCUGGAGCAGAGCGAUGCCACAACCGGAGGGAAGGCAUCCACAUCGCCGACAGCGGAUGGAAAUAAAGGGCUGAAGUCACCGCCGCCUCCGCCACCGAAGUCCAAGCGAGUGUCACAGCUCUGACCCGGUGCC